GCAGCCAUUGUUUAUGCCAUGUGGAGAAACGUUGGUCGAAAAUCCAAUGAAUUGGUAUUGACAUCCUCAAGUGAGCGAUUGAAUUCAAAUGACCCUAACCUGAGGUUGGAUUGUUCCAACUCUAUACGAGGACUUUUCGCGGGCAUUCUGGUCACCGUGGGAACGAUCAUCACUAUGGUCGCCUUUUAUGUCUUAGUGACCAGACAUCCUAUGUCCAGUACCGCCAUUAUUUUAGUUCACGUCUCUGAAACUUCCAUGUUUUUGCUGAUGACAGGCGCCAUUAUAUUUGCAGCUGACAGAAUGAAAAACUUGAAAUUCACCAACGUUUCGUGGAGAUUCUCAGUAGAGCUUCACCUUUUGUUUGUGUCUUUUACGGGAGUUUUUGCUUUCGCUGUUUUUGGAGUUAUCGCUGCUGGCUUUGAGACCCACAAACCAAAAGGGGUUUUAAACAUUUUGACUAAUUUAUUUAUGAUUUUGCAAUCCACGAUUCAAGUUUUGUUCAUUGUGGCAGGAAGUAAACUAGUUUCAGCCAAUGAAUCUCAAGAGCGAAAAAAACGAGGUCGAGAGUUUGUAACAUUUCUUAUACUUUGUAACUUUGCUUUGUGGGCAAUGAACACUUUUGAGACUCAGCAACCAGAGCACAACCCGGUGCAGAUGGACUUUUACGGUCCUCUAGCAUGGUCUGUGCUCACGCACGUGACUGUUCCAUUAUCCAUUUACUUCCGAUUCCACUCUUCUGUUUGUCUAAUAAACAUAUGGCGGUAUGCGUGGAUAUGGCAACGUCGACAAGAGGGGCAACGGGAAAGUGCUUGUUAAAGGACUCUGUGAUAUUUAAAUAUUCUUAUUUUUGUUUGAUUUUCUAUGCUAUAAAUUUAGCAUUUCAUUUAAUGUGUGUCUUUAAGAUUGAGUGCAAAGGCUUUAAUCAUAUUCCCAUCUGUACUUAAAUAUCAAACACAGUCAGUUUGUGUGUUUUUUGUUUCUUUUUUUUUUAAUUCAUGCAUUUUUUUCCCUUUAGUUUUAUGAAUAAAGCAUUAAUAACCGGACCAAGUGUUGAAUUUCAAGACCUAUUUUUUUUUUUUUUUAAAUAAAGUCGUAUUGAAAAUUUG